AAUUCUUUCUCUAAGAGGGCUAGAGCUCUAAUUACUUCUAAAAUAAGAUAUCUAUUAAUUAAUUUAGACUUGCUACUAUUUAUUUGGCCUAAAACUAUGGAAAUAGCCAUAUAUAUUCUAAAUAGGAUGCUAAAUAAACAACUUAAUUGGGAAACUCCCUAUAGAACUGUAUGGAAAAGCCUUCUACAACAACCCUUAUGGUUACCAGAGAAACCAGACCUUUCCUAUUUAAGGAAGUAUAGAUCACAUGUCUACACCUGGAUUAGUAAUCUACUAAAAGGGGAUAAACUAGGGCUUAGAGCCCUUAUUGGAUUCCUUGUUGGAUAUAGAGCUUUAAAUAUCUAG